CUUCAAAACGUUCUAGAAUUUCGAGGACAAUCCUUCCUGACAUUUUUUAUUCCGCGUAUCAUUGUUCUAGAAGCGUUUGAUCGCGUUGAAAACUAUCAAAUCUCUCCAUUAAAGUUGAACGAGUACUCGCAGAUAGUGCACGGAAAGAAUCUAGCGGUUUCUAGCCACACUUUUGGUCCAAUUUGCAUUUAAUUUCACGUGGAACCUGUCCAUUUAAUUAUUGAUUUUUUAGCGUAAUCAUCAAACAUGGUAAAAGAAACCAAAUUCUACGACCUCCUUGGAGUCAAGCCAGGUUGUAGUGCUGAUGACCUCAAAAAAGCAUACCGUAAGCUGGCCCUAAAGUAUCACCCGGACAAGAACCCCAACGAAGGUGAAAAAUUCAAACAAAUCUCUCAAGCUUAUGAGGUCCUCUCAGAUCCUGAAAAGAAAGCUAUUUACGAUCAAGGAGGUGAACAAGCUCUGAAAGAGGGAGGUGUUGGAGGAGGCUUCUCCAGCCCCAUGGACUUAUUCGACAUGUUCUUUGGUGGAGGCUUUGGAGGUGGCAGAGGCAAGAGGCGAGAACGCAAAGGCAAAGAUGUGGUGCAUCAGCUAACUGUUACCUUGGAGGAAUUGUAUAAGGGCACCGUAAGAAAACUGGCUUUGCAAAAGAAUGUAAUCUGUGAUAAAUGUGAAGGCCGCGGCGGUAAAAAAGGAGCUGUAGAGCAAUGCCCCACUUGUAGAGGCUUUGGAAUGCAAGUGCAAGUUCAACAACUUGCUCCAGGCAUGUUGCAACAGAUCCAGACAGUUUGUGUUGAAUGUAGAGGACAAGGCGAGAGGAUUAAUCCCAGAGAUCGUUGCAAGCAGUGUCAAGGCAAAAAGGUGGUUCGUGACAGGAAGAUUUUAGAAGUACAUGUUGAUAAAGGCAUGGUUGAUGGCCAAAAGAUUAUUUUCAAUGGAGAAGGAGACCAGGAGCCUGAAUUGGAAGCUGGAGAUAUAAUUAUUGUGCUUGACGAAAAGGAACAUCCAGUUUAUAAGAGAAAUGGCAGCGAUUUGAUUUUGAGGUUGGAAAUUCAACUAGUUGAAGCACUUUGUGGUUUCCAAAAGAUCAUCAAAACACUAGAUGACAGAGAUCUUCUCAUCACGCAGCUUCCUGGUGAAGUUAUCAAGCAUGGAGAUGUUAAAUGCAUUCAAUUAGAAGGUAUGCCAAGAUAUAAGAAUCCCUUCGAAAAAGGCCGUCUCAUUGUCCAAUUCUGGGUGCAAUUUCCUAAAACUAUCGAUCCAGAACUUAUUCCACAACUGGAGAAUUGCCUUCCACCUCGUGAAGAAAUCAUGAUUCCAGACACUGCUGAGGAAUGUAUGCUUGAAGAUUUCGAUCCAGAGACUGAGGCCAGGAAGAGAAUACAUAAAAAUGCCUAUGAUGAAGAUGAAGAGAUGCACGGUCCAGGACAGAGAGUACAAUGUGCAACCAACUAAAUAUUUGUAUUAAUAUUUAACAAUGUUAGUAUUAGUCUUCUAAAUAUUUAAUUGAGAUAAUUAAUACAAUAAGUGCGACUUGAUCUUUCUAGUUUUUAGAAGUAGAUGGCACUGGAAGAAGUAAAGGAAUAUAGGGAUGUAUAUAAUUGUAUUUGGACUUUUUUUUUCUUUAUGCUUCUUCUUAUUUAUAGAUUUUUUUAAGGUCUUUUUUUGAGCUUUACAUGUUAUAUUAAAUUUAUUCAUAUUGAUAAUCAGAAUAUAAUAAAUGUAAUCUUAUUGUCUUUUGGU